AUGGAUACGGAGUGUAUGACCGUUACUCGAUUUGUGCUCGAAGAGAAGAAAAGAUUUUUUCCAGGAGCAUCGGGUGAUUUAACAAUAUUACUGAAUGCUCUUCUAACAGCAAUUAAAGCGUGUGCCAGCGCUGUUAGAAAAGCUGGGAUUGCAAAAUUAUAUGGACUUGCUGGCUCGUCCAAUACUACCGGUGAUGAACAAAAGAAAUUGGAUGUAUUAGCAAAUGAAUUAUUCAUCAAUAUGUUAACAAGUUCUUAUACAGUUCAUGUGAUGGCAUCGGAAGAAAAUGAAAAUUAUAUUGAAGUUGAAACAGCAAAACAGGGCAAUUAUGUUGUAUGUUUUGAUCCAUUAGAUGGUUCAUCAAAUAUCGAUUGUUUAGUAACCAUUGGCUCAAUAUUUGGUGUAUGGAAAAAACCACUUGAUAGUAAAGAACCCAUUUCAUGCAUAUUACAAAGUGGUGAAAAGUUACGUUGCGCUGGUUAUGCUGUUUACGGUUCGGCGUGUAUGCUUGUUUUGGCAACGAAAAAUGGCGUGAAUGGUUUUACAUAUGAUCCUUCAAUUGGUGAAUUUAUUCUCACGUCACCAUCUAUAACAAUCCCAAGAAUGAACGAAAAACGAGGUCAAAAAAUAUACAGUAUUAAUGAAGGAUAUGCAAAGUAUUGGGACAAAGCUGUUACUGAAUAUGUGCGUAGCAAAAAGUUUCCAGAGGGUAAAGAAAAACCGUGGGCCAAUCGAUAUGUUGGUUCAAUGGUUGCCGAUGUUCAUCGUACGCUGUGUUAUGGUGGUGUCUUUAUGUAUCCAGGCACGAAAGAAGCGAAAAAUGGAAAAAUUCGUCUAUUGUAUGAAAGUAUUCCAAUGUCUUACAUUGUCGAAAUGGCUGGCGGACAAUCGUCAAAUGGUCAUUGUUCAGUAUUGAAAGUUCAACCAAAAGAAAUUCAUCAACGAAGUCCAAUAUUUCUUGGCUACAAAGAAGAAAUUGAAAAAAUUGAAAAGUUAUAUGAAAAAUAUCCGCCUGGUACAUGGGCGUUGGAGGAUUAA